UUGACUUGUACUUUACUUGUCUCUAAGGUUGUUGUGAUAGUUUUAUAGCGUUACCAGCCACCUUUGUUUGAAAAACCUUUGUCACAAAAUCAUCACCAUCAUAACUCUCCAUUUCUCUCUGUCACAAAAAAUCUGCUUCAAUUCACUUUUGUUUUCAUCCGUUAAUUUAAGGACAAGGUAUAGUAGCAGAAAUUGAUUAUCAAUUGAGUGGAUUGAAAUUUACAGAAAUUUUUUAUUAUUUGUUAUGGGAAAACAAUUGAUUAAUUCAGAGGAAUCCACUCAAAUUCAAGAAGUUAAUCAAGGAUGCAUGUGGGGAAUGUUUAAUAUUCUUGAUUACCAUCAUUGGGGUGUCAAAAAGGUGUUUCAUCAUAAAAAGAAAAGACAUAACAGAUAUAAGAGAAAGAUCACUCUGCAAGAGCAACAUAAUGUAGUUACAGAAGCAGAAUCACACUUGGUCAGUCAACAUAGAGAAAUAUCAAGUGCUAAAGGUCAAACUAGUAGUGAGAAUGCACUUCAUCAGAAGAAAGAUGGAAAUACAACAGAAAGUUCCCUUAAGAGAGACAUUUCAAUUAAAUUUAAGAAUAAUGAUGAUGUUUUGGAGCUAAUUAGUGUGGAGAAGAAUUUGUUACUCAAAUUUCUAAAAGAUAUAGACUUUGGUGGUAAAAAAUAUCAUAAAGCUUCCCACAACAAAGCAACAUUGACAAAAUCGGGAUCGUUUCCUUUACCUGCGUCUUCUAAGACGAAAAAUAUUAGCUCUAGUACCUUCCGAGCCAAGCAAACUGAAAUUUGGGAUUUUCCUAAGGGAGAAAAGUUGCGUGUCGGCACUCAUGUACCGAAAAAGUUUGGAUCAAGUUCAGUGAAAGAUAUUUCGUAUGAAACGCUGAAGCCUUCCGCGACUGAUAAUGGAAUUGAUAGUGUCGUUGCCGUGGAACAAAAGUCAAGCAUUUCUACGUGGUCUUCUGACGGAUUAAACCACAAAGGAUGGAAUCAAGUGGUUACUCAUCAGUUCAAAGUUAUAAAACAGAAGAUUAAACAUGCAAUUGUGGAAUUAAAGAAAAGUGGUCACAGUAAAACUUCACCUGAAUACAGCAACAUUGAUAAUGAGAAAGAAAUCUCGCAAAGCUUAGACGAUGGUGCAAUUCAUGAAUACAAAAAGAGUAGAAGCUUGAGUGAGACUAAAGCUUCUGAAUCUGGUUCCAACAAACACAAACCUCACCUGAUGCGAAGAACGUCUUCUCUUAACGAAUCGAUGGAUAGAUAUACUCAAUUGUUUGAGAAAAGUUUAAGCAAAGAGGUCAAGUGGCAAAGCUCAAAGUCGAAGAGUUUAAGAUUGACAAAUGACGAUAAGACUCAAAAGAGUAAGCAUGCUCGUAUUUUCUCCAGAAGCAAUUUGUCUAUGCCUAAUCUCGAGGCAUUAGGAUUCAUUCUACAUGAAGCUCUUCUUGAAACAAAUGAUAUCGGAAAUAAUAUAGUGGAAAGUGAUAAUGAUGUUCAAAGUAAAUCAGUGAGCCUUUCUUUAAAGAAUGAUAAAUCAACCGAUCAUUUUAAAGAGGCUGAAAUUGACGAAACAGUUGAAGGAAGUGGACGAGAUGUGAAUCCUAGUUCUCGUUCUUUAUCGGAUAAGAUGGUGGAGGAAAUUGAUGAAGGAGUUACCUGUGAUCAAAGGGAGAACAUACACGAUCCAGCAUCGGAACAAGAAGGAAAAGAAUCGAAUGCACGAGGCUCAAAUGCUAGUGUAACAGCCGCCGAAGACACAAACAAGAGUCUUGAAACUGAUAUCUUGCACUUCAAGUCAUAUUCAGAAACCGAUUCCAAUUUCAAAUAUGUGAAAGAUAUUCUUGAAUAUUCGGGUUUCACGAGAAAUGAGCAGGCUCAAAUGCGAUACACGGUAGACCAGCCAAUAAAACCAUCGUUAUUCACAGCUUUGGAAGAAUCUUUGCUUCAUGAAAAUGAGUAUUCCGGUGACGAGAUUACCAACAUAUGUGAUCGCCAACUUCUAUUUAACUUGAUUAACGAGGUACUCUUUCAAAUGUACGAAAAGUCACCAACUUACUUUCCGAAACCCUUCGCCUUCAACUACAAACUCAAAUCAAUGCCUAAAGGGAACUAUCUUGUUAAUGAAGUAUGGAACAAUGUUAGUUCAUAUUUGAGUUUGAGACCAGAGUUAGAUGAGACAUUAGAUGAUGUUGUCGGUCGUGAUUUGACAAAGGGAACUGGUUGGAUGAAUCUUCAACAGGAAGAGGAAUGUGUAGCACUUGAACUGGAGGACAUGAUCAUAGAUGAUUUAUUAGAUGAAAUUAUCUUCUCUUGAUGUUGGAAACUCUCCUAUAUUUAUUCAAUGUUCAAUACUGAUUCAAGUGUGUCUCAGUUCAUUGAUGAUUUUUUGAUGCAGAAUAGAAUUUCAUUGUAAAUAGGAUUGUCUUAGCAGAUGUUAUGUAGAGUUGCUUAAAGAGUUUUGGUGCAUAUUAAUUCUCAUGUAAAUAACAUACUUUCAAGAUUGUUUAUUAUUGAUUGAUGUUAAAGUAACAAUAAAGUCUCUUAUUAAUUUAAUUCUCAUGUAAAUAACAUACCUUCUCUCUACCAAAAAAAAAAAAAAAAACAUACCUUCAAAAAA